GUGCCCACAUUCUGCUGCUGAGGAGAGAGCACCAUGAUGAGAAGACGGUAGGCACCCACCAUAGUAUGGCAGCGUCCCGCUCUUCGCGCAUCACAAGAUCAUCAGUGGGGAUAAAUGGAUUGGAUGAGAACUUUUGUGGUCGAACCCUCAGGAACCGCAGCAUCGCCCAGCCAGAAGAGAGCACUCUGCUUCCUGUGCCCAGAGCCCGCUCGCCCAAGAAGAAGCAGGACUGUCAGCAGCACCAGCAGACCGGAGCACAGGUCGGAAAGGUAGCCGAGAGCAAGCCGGAGGGUGAGCCCUUGCCAUCUUAUGGAAAGCGAGGCUUGCCAAGCUCCGAGAAGGACGAGUCAGACAAAUCGGACAGCUGUGAGCGUCCUAAGGCCGGGGGUGGGCCGGAAGCCUCCCCCGCCCUGAAGAAGGCCAAACGCUGCCCUCGCUCAGGUGAAUCGCAGGGGGUAGAGGAGGAACCUUCUCUCAAACCGGAGAACCCUGAUUCCGCUGCACCGAAGGAAAAUGACGAGGGCGCAAAAUCGAACUUGUCCUCGGACCCUCCGCUCAGCCUCGACAAAGAGGCAGAGCAGAAAGAGGACUGCCCAGUGGAGGAGAUCGUCCCUCCGCCGCAGGCCGGCGAGAACGUCAAGGCCACCAAUGGCCUCACUGACCUCCAUAAGGAGGACUCAGAAGUUGCAGCCUUACCCCCAGAGCCCUGUGCCUCCCCUGCCAUGCUUAGCAACAGUCCUUCACUGUUAAACGGCAGCCAGGCUGCACCCUCAUCCCCCGACCCUAUUGUGCCUUGUAGAUCCCCUCAUCCCAAGCAAGCCAAUGAGUCCGACAGCCCUCAGAUUGACUGUGAGAGGAAUUGCACCCCCGAGGAAGCUGCCGAGGUCGUGUUAUCCCGGGAACCCGAGAUGGAGGUAGAGGUAGAUGUCGUAGGGGAUGCCGGCCAGGCUCAGGAUGAGCUCGCAAGAGAGGAGAGCACCAACGGCGGCUUUCAGGCUGAGCCGCAGGACCCUUCUGACAACUACUCUAAUAUCUCAGGAGAAACGGUGGUGCUGACUGCCUCCCAGCUGCCUGCAGAGCCCCCCUCCUUCACAGAGCCUCAAGAACACCGAUACACCCUGAGGACUUCACCGCGCCGCGCUGCCUUUGGUAGUGGGCUCAAAGCCAGCUCCCCCAAACCCAGUUCCCCGCACAUAGACAAUGGUUCGCUGAAGGAGGAGUCCACGCCGGUUUCUCUUUCCUCUGAGGACACCAGCCAUAAAGACCUUCCCCGUGAUGCACCGGGACUUUCUAGCGAGGCAGACAAUGAACUCUCAGAGAAAGCAGGGGUCAGUGGAGAGGUUGGAGUGUCAGAUAGUAGAGUGUCGCGAUCCACCAAAGAGCUGCUGGCCGCUCAGGCUGAGGAAGAUGAGGAGGAAGAGGAGGAUGUCUACUAUUUUGAGUCUGAUCACUUGGCUCUCAAACACAACAAAGAGUAUGUUCAGGUUUAUGCUGUCCUGUCUGAAGUCAUCAGUUCUGGUAAACCAAGAUAUGCAUUGUCCUUUAACCCCUGUUUUGUUUAUUUUGCGCAGAUGAUCAGAGGGAGGCUGUGCGACCAGAACAAACCUGACACCUUCAACCAGCUGUGGACCAUUGAGGAGCAGAAAAAGUUGGAGCAGCUGCUCUUGAAGUUUCCACCCGAGGAGGUUGAGUCUAAACGCUGGCAGAAGGUCGCAGAUGAACUUGGCAACAGGACUGCCAAACAGGUUGCUAGCAGGGUACAGAAAUAUUUCAUUAAACUGACAAAAGCUGGUAUUCCAGUACCAGGCAGAACACCCAAUGUGUGCAUGUACAGUAAAAAGCCCUCCAGUAAGCGACAGCACCACCUCAAUAAACACCUGUACAGGCCCUCGACGUUCCUCACCUCAUACGAGCCGCCCGUCUACAUGGAUGACGAGGACGAACGUUCACACUUCUUCAACAGCCUCCAGGAUAAUGAAGCAGAUGAUUCGGAUGAGGAUGGGGUUCCAGUGGAGCUGAGGCACCUGCCGGAGUAUAAGGAGCUACUGGAGCUGAAGAAACUCAAGAAACAGAAACUACAGGAGAUCCAGGCUGAGAGCGCGGUCACGCAGCAUGUUGGCUAUAAGUGUGACAUAUGUGGCAUGCAGCCCAUCCAGGGUGUACGGUGGCAUUGUCAGGACUGUCCACAGGACAACGCCAUGGACUUCUGCAGUUCCUGCUCCAACUGUUCUUUCAAAACGGAGACCCACAAGCCCACACACAGACUGGAGCCAGUCUGCCAGGCCGAAACCUUCCUGGACAAAGACUACUGCUUACCGCAGAGCACAGGCUACAACUACCUGGACCCCAACUACUUCCCUGCAAACAGAUGACAGGGACAAGCUCCGGCGCUAGUAUCCAGGGCUGGGCCACAGCCCCCAGGGCAUUCUGUGCAUGGCUUCAUCAUCCAAGUCAAAGAAAUGCUUACAUUUGGGCGAGAGGGUACCGCAGAUGGGCCGCACCUCGCCCCGACCCGCUGCUGGAGGGGGGUGGGGUGGGGGGGGGUUCAUGGGAGAGGGGGCAACACUCUGCCACGUUUGUCAAACCUUACCAGGUCUCGUCAAGUAACACUAUCUCAAAUCAAAAGAAACGAGAGGAAAGAACGAACAAAAGAAAAGGCACACCGACAUUCCCAAUCCCAGGACAUUUAGAAGGCAACCCGACGCCUCCCUUUGUUCCGCUGUUUGAGUGACGGGCGUCAGUGACGCACCUCUCAGAGGAGUGCGCGGCUCUGGAUUCAUCGGCGGGAGCGGGGUUGGGCUCGCGUUAAAGUGCAUAAUGUCGUCUGUAGUUGAAAUAUUUAUAAGUGAGGCUUCGUGUGUGAGCUCUUUUCGUGAGACGGGAGUACAAGGAAAUGAAUUUGGUGCUGAGACUGUCGUCUUUGAUUCAUACCAGGUUUUUAACCAAUCGAGGAGGUUCGCUCACAACUCGAAACGGGUUAAUAAAAAUCCCGGCUGACAGACCCCAUAAGUGUCUCUUGCCAUGGGCUACCAUUUUCACUAGAAGCUGCUCUUUGUUUCCUCUUACGAUGAUGUUGUCACUUUAUUUACGUUCAUUUCUCGUUUUUUAAAUUAUGCCGAAUUAAAAAAGCCACUCCACUUGACCCAAUAGGAUCCCAAACCUCAAAGCACUACAGCACAGAGAAGACCAGCUGAGAUCCGGAAGGCGUUAUAGCGCUCUCUGCGCUCGUGGAGAGCCUUGUUUUCUUUUCUCAAUGUGUACUGUUGUUGAUCAUGUGGAGUAUUCAAAUAUAUGGUGAAAAGUAGCCAGUGGUAGUUGCCGUGUGCCAUUUUUUUUUUUUCUUCCCUGUCCAGUUGAUUCAAACCUGGCCACUUGUUUUAGAAGAAGAAAAUAAAGAACUUGCUGCCCUCUGUGAAAAACUGCCCAACCAUCAUCACGCCUUUAGAUCCCUCUAAUUUUUGCAGUUUCCUCACGGUCCAUGAAAAGAUUGUAUUUUUAUUAAUCUAUUUAAAAGAUGAAGAAUAACAAGAAAUCGAGUUGGUGGUAGUCGUCGCACGUGCGCCGCACUCCCACGUUAUUUUAUACACAUGCAUUUCGUUGUGCUUUGAGUAGACCAUUUUGUAUUGGGUUCUGUUCUGUUCUGUUCACCUCCCCUCCCUUGACCUGCUUCAAUAUCUGUGUAUAACAGUCUGUUCUUAAAUAAUGUAAAAAAAAAAAUGUUAGAGGAGAACCGUGGAAAUAAAAGUAUGUGAAAAGACUUUCUA